GUGAAACCACAAUUGGCACAGCAGAAGCACCCUACCCGCAGGAUAUCGUCCUAAACGGUAUCGGCAUCCACCCGGAGCACUGUCGAAUCGUAAUCGACAAUGGAAACGCAACAAUCUGUCCGAACCCGUCCGCCACCUGUCUGCUCAACGCCAACAUCAUCGAGAACCCGACGGCCAUUAGCCAGGGAGAUAUCCUGCUGCUCGGUCGGACCAACAUGUUCCGCUACAACAAUCCGGCAGAGGCGGCCAAAAUGCGACAGGACAACAACCACGCCCAGCGAUCAUCGCGCCUAGACCUGUCCCGACUUUCGCUCAUAGCCGCCUCGCGGGAAAAUCUCUGCAGCAGUUUCCUCAGCGACGACGACAACGGCGUCAUCUCGUCACCUCAGAAUCCUCUGCGCUUCCGGCAGUACACUCCCAGUCGGGAAGACACCGAGCUGCAGGACGAACAUAGGAAAAUUCUGCAAACCAUCGAAAAUGCUUUGAAACAGUUGAACCUGGAACGGACGCGAAUGCACGAGCAGUUCAAGGCCAAGAUCAAACUGUGCCGCGAGGAGUUGGAACGGUUGGAGAGUACCAAGCGGGAUAAGUUGAUGAUUCUGGACUGCCGGAUAGACGAAUUGAUGGCCCGCCGCGAAAUGAUACUGUGGGAGAAGAGCAACGAAAAGACGCAGGUGGACAUUUUAGUUAGACAGCUAUCGGCCCUGCAAACGCAGCUAGACACCAAGAAGCGCGACUUCUACGAGUACGUUGCCAAAGAGCUCCAAGAGCUGCAGGACUGCGGCAAGCUGGACGAGGCCAGUAUUGAACUAAUCCAGAAGGCACCUCAGACAGAGGACUACUCGGAAAUCCUGUUGCUGAUUUCCAAAUCCUUGGACAACUACUCCGCACAAUACAUCCGAGAGUACAUCCGAAGGAAUCGCGAAGAGCUCGACAAAUACGAACGGGAAUUGGGCGAGAAAGAAUCUCAACUGGAGCAGAGUACGCGUAAGAUUGCCGAUCUAGACCAAAAGAUCGACGAACUGGAACGCCAAAACCAGGAACUGUUACAGCAACGUACCCAGCUGGAAAUGGAAGAAAUGCAGAAAAAGAAACAGUCCAUGACCCUAAACCUGUCGCGAACCACGGACUCCAACGCUCAAACAGAUCCCAACUCUUCCGAAGCGCUACAGAUGGUAGCGAGUAACUCCACGGCUCGUACCCUGGAAACCUGUGAUACCUUCCACACGGCUAAUUCGGACUGUUCGUUCGUAUCGGCCCUGAACACCCCGGCCUUGGAAGCGCUAAACCACUUGAUUCCGACGCCCAGUUCAACCGAAGGAACAGAAUCAGGAGCCGACCACGAGUCGGACUACUACGAGGAACCAGGCCACACGCAAGGCAUGAGUGACAGUGGCGUCAGCUUCGAGACGAACAAGCUCGGAGAGGGUGGCAAGUUGACGAAUGGUGGGAAGCUACUGUUCCAAUCGGAUGAUCACUGUUUGCUGUUGACGUCGUCAACACCCAACUCGAAGUACGUCAACAAGACACUGAUCGUGAAUGGAGGAGGUAGCAUAGAGAUCAGCGGAGAAGAAGUCGUGCGCGCAUCAACGAGUGAUGAGUCGGAUGAGAACUCGGAUCAUGGAAAAGGUGGUAGCGGGAACCGAUGUCGUGGAAACAAAAACAGUGUGCGAACGGAGAUUUUCGAUAUCCGACACGGGAUUCAUCCGCUGAGAGUCAACAGCCGCAGCGGAGAAGAAGAGGAAGGCGACGAUGAAGACGAUGAGAGACAUUCGCAUGCAAGCUCGCUGGAUAACAGCUCGAUAACAUCGUCCACGGCCAACUUGAUCUUGUGUGAGAUGAACCUGCUGAGGGAGAGCAUAGCAACGAAGAAGGCGGAGAUUAUGAAGAUACUGGAGACAAACGGCGACAAGACGAACCUGGACGGGAAAAUCAGUGAGCUGCAGGAUCUUCAAAAGAGGAUAAUGCAGCUGGAGAUUAAGGUGCAGGACGUCGAGAAGAAUUGUUUGUCUGACGAGGGGGGAUUGGAUUCGGUUCGGGACAUGCCGGGUAGUUUUACCGACAGCGAUGACAGCCGGAUAAACUCGUGCAUCUAUCCGGACUAUCUGAGGCAUCGAGCACAGACCAGUAUUUAUGCGCCGAGCGUGGCGCGAUCGCUGCCGUCGUUCGAAAGCGCGUCGGUCGAGAGAAUGCGUUCAGAGCAUUUCAUCAAUAUACCUACCUAUAUUAUUCGAGGGGCCGGAAAACAGACCCACUACGAGUACGAGGUAAAGCUAAACCUGCCGGACGAUCGAUGGACGCUACUCAGGCGAUACAGCAGGUUUCGGGAGCUGCACCUCAAAAUGAAAAAGGAGUAUGGCGAGAAGGUAACCAACAUCCCAUUCCCGCGCCGGGAGCUGUUCGCAUCGAACACGGAAUCGGUGGCGAAAACUCGCCGCCGCCAGCUUGAAACCUACCUGAGGCGGCUGCUGGUGGUAUGUUCUAAAAUACCGCAUAGCCCCAUCUACGAAGGCGAAGGACGACCGGGCCUAACCAAGAUUACCCUGAUAGAGUUGCACGCGGGCUUUUUCAAGAAGGGUUUGUUCGAAACGGGCAAGCAUGGAACCGGCUAGAACCGGUGGACGGGAGGUUGAAGUAAUAGUGUUUGACUUCCGGUUUUGUUUGUCGGAUUUUGUUUUUUUGAACGGUGGAAGCAAACAAAAAGUAAGGCUGAUUUUUGUAGAUAAACGAGCGAUUUGCGAAGUUAUAGAGUAAUGACGUAGCUGGAAGGCGUUCUCCCAGUUCGUUUUCGAUUUAAGCAGAUUUUAUUUAUUGUAAAUGACGAGCAGAUUUAUUAGGCGUUAUAGCUAUAGUGAGAUUGAUUAAGAUAGGAAGAGAGUGACACCAAACUUGAAGCAACAGCAGGAAUAUCGACGACAAUAAACCCCGCAACAUGGUGGAAGGACAGGAUCCUUCCCAGCUACUACAACACAAAUAGCUGCUGCACGAUCUCUUGUUCAACUGGGAAUUGCAUUUUACGUUGACAGAGAUUGCCACUCCCCAGGAAAAAAGGUAGGAGACGUUUUGUAGUGAAAAUGAUAAAAGGCUUGAUCCAGUUUUGUUCGUUAUGCAAAACCGCGAAUCCAAAGCCUAUUGAUGAAGUAGUAAAAACAAAUUAUAUUUAUGGCUUACGAGUCAAUUUUUUCAUAUACCUUCUAUGUUCAUUUGAGUACUGAAUUGUUAGUCAUCUUUCACAUGAUCCCCCAUAAUCACAAUUUGCCUUUACGUAACCCACAAAGACAUAUUCUGAAUAGUUUCGCGUGACCUACCCAUACAUACGUACGUACACAAUACACACAUUUAGGAACACUAGCUGUGAUUUUUCAAUUUGACUCCCGACUCUCGUGAUAGUCCUGUUAUCUCAUUAACUUUCAUUGGAGCGAUCGACAGCCGGGAAGAACUGCAUGAGAGUGGAUCGAUCAUGAUUUAGCGCAUACAAAGACCUGAAACACAAAACAUAUUGAUUAUGAUAGGUAGUAUUUGUAGGUACGGAACAUGUUUCUUAAUCAAAAUUGGAUUGCAUCUUGCUACUGGAGCUCGUUGGGAAGAUCUCGAGACGACAUACGUGCAAGCAUAUAAUAGUCAAAAAUAGGAAAAAAAUGUCAAAAACAGAGCUUGUUCGGACUUAAACAAUAUAACAGUGUAAGAUUUAGGAUACAAACUUAAGUGUUGACAACCCUUGUUCUUUGAAUGUAGUGACCUAAAUAUAAACUUAUUGGAACAACAAAUGACAGGUAUUCAUCUUUUAGAGGAAAUAGAAAUGGUCGUCUAGCAAUGCAACAAUCCUUGAGAAAUUAGCUAGAAUAAAUACCGAAAGAAACGAAACUACAAGUAAUACGUGGCAAUAUAGGAUAUUUGAUGUUAAAAUCAAAUUAAUAUAGCAAAUUUACAAAUCAAACAAGUUGGGCGCAUCAUGUGGUCGAGUUUUGUACUCACCAUUUGUAAAUCAUACACAUCACUCAUGAGAAUAAACUUAGAUUCGAAAGAUCGAUGAAAGC